AUGACUUACAGAAUCACACCACAAGUUUAUGAAAAAAUCAAACACUAUUCCAAAUUCCCUCAGACUGGUGUCUCUUUACGGCAAAUGGUUCAAUUUGGUCAGAAUCCUUCUCAGGGAACACUAUUCAGGGCAAGCCAAUUCUUGGCAGACGAACUUCCAAUACGUCUAGCACAUAGAGUAAAGGAAUUAGAAGAAUUACCACACUCCUUGAGUAAAAUGCCAUCAAUCAUCAAAGUCAAGAAUUGGUACGCCCAAUCCUUUGAGGAUCUCAUCAACUUUCCAAAGCUCGAACUUCCAGUAAAGAUCAAGGAGAGAUUGACUGCUGCUGUUACUGAGCAAAAUAAAUUGCCGGACAGUGUGCCCAACCUCCAUGUUAAUCCAGCUGCCACUGGCUCGUUGCAUCCAUUAAUUCCUCUUGGUCACAGGUAUGAGAAUGAAAAAGAGUGUGAUGCAGGAGAGGAGGAAGAAUAUUACGCGAACCUUGAUGGGUUCGAUUGGCCCCCUGAAAUAUAUACUUACAAUGAAAAAUUCACGAAGUUAAUUGAGAAUAUUAAACAGCGACAUGAUCCUGUUGUUACUACUAUGGGUAAGACAGCAUGCAGGAUAUCCCAAGGAAUACUUGAACACAAAAGGUUUAAGAACUCUGAUAUCAUUGAUCUUGAUGCACAAAAGUUUCUUGAUCGGUUCUAUAUGUCACGUAUCGGCAUCCGGAUGCUGAUCGGACAACAUGUUGCAUUAAACCGUUCGUCCGCAAGAGGUGAUUAUGUUGGAAUCAUAUGUACAACAACAAAUAUUAAGGAAACAGUACAAGAAGCAGCUGAAAAUGCUAAGUAUAUUUGUGAAGCUUAUUAUGGAAUAAUUAGAACUCCUGCAGUUCAAUUAUUUUGUCCUAGGGAUUUAAAUUUCACGUAUGUACCCAGCCAUUUGAGUCAUAUGUUAUUUGAACUGCUGAAAAACAGUCUCAGAGCUGUUGUGGAAUUACUUGGCGAUGAUGCUGAUGACUAUCCACGAAUAAAAGUGAUCGUUGCCGAGGGUAAAGAGGAUAUCACGAUCAAGAUAUCCGACGAAGGUGGUGGGAUACCGAGAAGCGAAACACCGUUGGUAUGGACGUAUAUGUAUACUACGGCUAAGAGACAGAAUCUUGACCCUAGCUUCAAUCAAAAAGAGUUUAACGCACCAAUGGCUGGGUUCGGAUAUGGUUUACCAAUUAGUAGAUUGUAUGCUAAAUAUUUUGGCGGCGAUCUAAAAUUGAUAUCAAUGGAGGG